AGCUGGACCCCUCCGAGCCCUCUUUGGCCGGCCCCGGGGAGCAGGGGAAGGAUGCAGCAGCAGCAGCAGCGGUCUCCUCCCGCCUCCUGAGCCCCCCAGCUCGGCUCCCCCGCUCCGGGCCAGGCCGCUGUGCCCUCCCACCCCAGCCAUGCCCACCGGGAGGGCAGGCUGCUGGCCGCCCCUGCUGCUGCUGCUGUGCUGGACGCCGGCGGGGCCCGCCCGGGGCGACGAGGCCAUCCACUGCCCGCCCUGCUCCGAGGAGAAGCUGGCCCGCUGCCGGCCGCCCGUGGGCUGCGACGAGCUGGUCCGGGAACCGGGCUGCGGCUGCUGUGCCACCUGUGCCCUGGGCCGGGCCAUGCCCUGCGGCGUCUACACCGCCCGCUGCGGCUCCGGCCUGCGCUGCUACCCGCCCCGCGGCGUGGACAGGCCGCUGCACACCCUGAUGCACGGCCAGGGAGUUUGCACGGAGUUGGCCGAGAUAGAGGCGAUGCAGGAGGGCCUGCAGCCCGCGGACAAGGAGGAGAGCGAACACCCCAACAACAGCUUCAGCCCCUGUGGCCCCCAGGACCGCAAGUGCCUCCAGAAACACUUCGCCAAACUGCGCGCCGGGAGCAGCAGCAGCAUCAGGAUGAGGAGUGGCCUGGGGGGGCCCCACCGGGAGGAGACCCGGCCUCUGAUCCAGGGAUCCUGCCAGAAUGAGCUGCACCGGGCCCUGGAACGGCUGGCAGUCGCCCAGACCCGCACCCACGAGGAUCUGUACAGCAUCCCCAUCCCCAACUGUGACCGGAAUGGCAACUUUCACCCCAAACAGUGCCACCCAGCUCUGGACGGGCAGCGGGGCAAGUGCUGGUGUGUGGACCGGAAGACUGGCGUCAAGCUGUCCGGGAGCCUGGAGCCAAAGGGGGAUCUGGAUUGUCACCAGGCGGCUGACGGGUUCCGGGAAUGAACCCCUCCAUAGGGCUCGGGGGAUGGA